GAUGGAAAGAGAUGGAUGGCAGAUAUGAGAGAUGGAGGACGGGAGAAAUCUGUCAUACAGGAGGCAGGAGUUUGCCCAUGCGAGCAGCGUGUGGACUGGACGCAGCUGUUUCGUUUAGAGCAGAGCCCAACAUGUGAGAAGAUGUCUGUUGGAGGUUGUGCUUGUCCCGGCUGUUCGUCAAAGUCAUUCAAGCUGUACUCUCCUAAGGAGCCCCCAAACGGCGGCAGCUUUCCCCCCUUCCACCCGGGCGCUAUGCUGGACAGAGAUGUGGGGCCAACACCCAUGUACCCCCCAUCAUACAUGGAGCCUGGAAUGGGGAGACCCACACCGUACGGCAACCAGACAGAUUACCGGAUAUUUGAGCUGAACAAAAGGCUACAGAACUGGACAGAGGAUUGUGACAAUCUCUGGUGGGAUGCCUUCACUACAGAGUUUUUUGAGGAUGAUGCCAUGCUCACCAUCACUUUCUGUUUGGAGGAUGGGCCCAAACGAUACACCAUUGGCAGGACGUUGAUUCCACGAUACUUCCGAAGUAUCUUUGAGGGGGGCGCCACUGAGCUGUUCUAUGUGUUGAAGCAUCCAAAGGAGUCCUUCCACAGUAACUUUGUGUCUCUCGACUGUGAUCAGUGUACCAUGGUGACCCAGAACGGCAAACCAAUGUUCACGCAGGUGUGUGUGGAGGGCCGUCUGUACCUAGAGUUUAUGUUUGAUGACAUGAUGAGGAUCAAGACGUGGCACUUCAGUAUCAGACAACACAGAGAGGUCCUACCAAGGAGCAUCUUGGCCAUGCAUGAUCCCCAGAUGCUGGAUCAGCUGGCUAAAAAUAUCACGAGAUGUGGGUUGUCCAACUCCACACUCAACUACCUCCGUCUAUGUGUGAUACUGGAGCCCAUGCAGGAGCUGAUGUCCAGGCAUAAGACCUACAGCCUGAGCCCCAGAGACUGCCUCAAAACCUGCCUCUUCCAGAAAUGGCAGAGGAUGGUGGCACCUCCAGCUGAGCCAGCCAGACAAGCGCCAAACAAACGGCGGAAAAGGAAGGUCUCUGGUGGUAGCACUAUGAGCUCCGGCGGAGGCAGCAAUAACAACAGCAAUAGCAAGAAGAAGAGUCCAGCCAACAGCUUCUCUCUCUCCAGCCAGGUACCUGACCUGGUUGGAACAAAAACCUGUACAGUGCCGGAGCUUGAGGACCGGAGUUGAGAACCACUACGCUAAAUCUUAAAUGCACACACACACACACACACACACACACACACACAUACACACACACACACACACAAACACAUACACACACACACACACACACACAAACACAUACACACACACACACACACACACACAAACACACACAUACACACAAACACAUAUGCACACACUUACACACUUACACAUACUCAAAUGCGCACACACACUCAUACACCCACACCAUUAAACAUUGAGGUACUGGAGAGAGGUGGUACGCAGCAUGUCUGGACCAGAGCACCAGAUGCUACAGAAGUGUGUUUUUAUUUUCUAUGUUUGGAUUUGUUUUGAAUUUUUUAUUUUUGUAAACAAUUUCUAAAAAAUAAAACAGACAAGCAAACAAACAAAAACACCCCAGAAUAUUCUUUGCACUGUUUUUCCACUGUAACUCCAAUCUAUUUUUCUUAUGAAUUGAUGGUGUAUUUUUGUUCUUUCUAUUACUGCUAAUGUACGAACUGUAAAACAUCUGAAACCUGUGGCGGGACAAGAGCACCCGUGGUAUAUUAAUGUAUAAGUAUUGCUGUUAGAUCAUUCUUAUUGUGAUGGUUAUAACUUCCAUGUAAGUCUUUGCUUGAUAUAACGUCAUCAAUCUGUGUGAGACAUUACAUUGACAUGAAGUCCAUUGACUUUGAUACUAAGAAAGACAGGUUUGGGAAAGAACAAGGCUAGUGUUUUAACACUGCACCGCAAUGAAUGAACGAAUUUUUAAAAUUAUUUUUGUGUCAUGACAUGAGAUCCAUCUUGUUUGAUUUGAGUCCAAAACAGCACACUGGAUGGCAGUUUCCCCUCUAAAUUUUCAUUAACCGCCUGGUUUGCAUCUGUUGUCUCGUCAUUGCAGAACUGUUUGCUUUGUCUUGAAAUCUCUAUCUGGGGGUAUUCUCUAGAAAAUAUAUUAACAGAAACUUCUCAAAUUUGCUACUCAAAACAUUUUAAAAAACAAUUUUGACAGGAUUGUAAAAUAAGAAAAAAAGACUUUUGUAUUAACUUAAGUUUCCCAGGAAUGUUUUUAAUCACAAUUAAGAAAGCUACAGACCAAGGAGCUACAUGUAAGAUUCUUUAGAUAUUGACUACACUAUGCUGUUUGUUUUAUUAAAAAAUCAUUUUGUUGGCUUCCCCCCCUCAUGUUUAUGUGUCUGUGCUUGUAUAUUUUUAGGUAGUAGUUUCUGUAAAAGUUAUAUGUAUUCCUCCCUAGAAACCCGAGAAACUCAAUCUAAUGUAAAGAGAUGAAAAGCCUCUUAAAAAUUUUUUAACAUGAUUUUUAACAGUACAAUCACUGAUUUAAAAAAAAAAAAGAAGAAAAAAAUAAUUUUGGCUUCAUUUCAGCAAACUGUAUUUAUUUUUCUAUGUACUGACAUUCUGUUUGGACCCAGCUCACAUGUACAAUAGUCAUGAUAAUAUGUGGAGGAAUUUGGGGAGUCUGUUUUGUCACAAAAUGCCAGAAGAGGUCACUCUGAUGCCAGUGUGUUUUGACAUGCGGCUCCUGGGUCGUUCUGGCCUGAUGGUUAAUAUUUCUUACCAAUAGCCUACAUGUUAAUCUAGGGAUAUUUAAUAGCCAUUUUCUGCUGAUUUAUCACGGCUGUGGUAUUCUGAUGUGUCUGAAACUGUUUUGUAGACACUGAAAAUUCAUAAAUGAGCACAUCUGGGGAGAAAAAAGACAUGGUCACCUCUAAAGUGAUCUUAUGUGAGAGAUAUGAUGUACAUUUUUGGUUACACUAACAGGAUAUGACUGAUGAAUGGUUGCAAAAUAGCAAAUAAAUAUCUCAUGAAUGGCAAAUGAUGCUGGCAAUUGGUCUUCUUAUUAAAUCCAGUCUUGGGGAAAGAUGCGACUUCAGUGUCAAAAAACACUGGCAUCAUUCUUUAAGCUGUUAAAUAAUUCAGAUCCAUAAAAUCAUAGUAGUUUGGAAAUGUUUUUGGACUCGGGGAAACUGCAGGAAACCCUGCCCAGACCUCAGCUAACAGCUUUGGGAUAGUAAUUUGCAGACUUCACCACCUGGGGUCACCCAAAGCACCAGGAUAGACUCAGCAGACUUUCACAAAUUCCUCCACCUUCAUUUGUAACAGAAAAGCUGUCUGUAAAGCCACAUUGGGCUGUUGUGUUUGAAACCUCUGGUCAUUGUCUUUAGCACCCCUAGUCUACUUUUGUGGUGUAUGAGAUCAGCGGGCUGACACAGAAUGGACUCUAGAGGAAAUUCUAAUGACACCUUAUGUUCCCUAUAAACGACUUUGACAAUAUUUAGGGGAUAAGGUCUUACCACGUGAGACAGAGAUGUAACGGCAAUGCACCCAUAGCUGGCUCCUGUAGCGCCUCACCAUAGGGGUGAUUUGAUAUAUAUAUAUUUUGCCUAGUUUCUGUCAUUGAUAAUUCAUGUAUGGUAUCAAUAAAGAUGAAUUUUCACUGA